AUGCCACCAACCACCCGCCGAGGCAAUAUGUUUGGUCCCUACUUGCUUCUCCAGACCCUCGGUGAGGGCGAGUUUGCCAAGGUCAAGCUGGGCAUGCAUGCUGAUUCGGGUGAAGAGGUUGCCAUCAAGUUAAUUCGGCGGCAAUCCAUCGAUAAUACUCCGCGUAUUAACAAGAUCGGAAGAGAGAUCUCAGUGCUGAGGACGAUUCGGCACCCUAACAUCAUUGCCCUGUUUGAUGUGAUUGAAACGGAGCGGUACAUUGGCAUAGUCAUUGAAUAUGCAUCAGGAGGCGAGCUCUUUGAUCAUAUUUUGGCCCAUCGUUAUUUGAGGGAAAGGGAUGCGUGUCGACUAUUUGCUCAGCUGAUGAGUGGUGUGAAUUACCUGCACUCCAAGCAAAUCGUCCACAGAGACUUGAAGCUGGAAAAUUUACUCUUGGACAGGAACAGGAACAUCAUCAUCACAGACUUUGGAUUUGCAAACCAGUUCGACAGCUCAUCCCGCGACCUCAUGUCAACCUCAUGUGGUUCUCCUUGUUACGCCGCACCAGAGCUGGUCAUUAGUGAUGGACUAUAUGUCGGCAGUGGUGUUGAUAUCUGGAGUUGUGGUGUCAUCCUGUAUGCGAUGCUGGCGGGAUAUCUUCCUUUCGACGACGACCCAUCCAACCCUGACGGCGACAACAUCAACCAGCUGUACAACUAUAUCCUAGCAACCACUCUCGUGUUUCCGGACUACAUCUCACACGAUGCAAGAGAUCUCCUCAGAAUGAUGCUUGUCCCCGACCCAGCGAAGCGAUGCAAUAUGAAGCGGAUCAUGGCUCAUCGGUGGUUGCGGCCCUAUGGUCCCAUGUUUCAAUACUCCAUCGAGGACCUCGAGGCGCAAGCGAUGGCGAGGUUGAAUGGGACGAUAUGGAUACCGCCAAAGCAGAGCAUCCCUGUUGAUACUAGAGAGGCACCACAAUACCCACCAGCUCAGGAAACAGUUCAAAGUCGCCCUGGUCCUCCUCGUCUUGACCCCAGCGAAGUCAACUCCAAGCGGAGACACACGUUCGUGGCAGAGACGACUGUUCCUGAAUCUCAGCCUUCAUGGGCUCACCCACCGACACCUCGACAUGAGUUGGAUGAAGAUAGUCUGGUCCCGGUGUCAGACACGUCUAUGGAUAUCUGUGAGGAUGAGGCAGAGGCUGUUGCCAACAACAACAACCAGGGUCAGACAGAACAAGGGUCGGAAGGAUUCUAUCAGGAUAUUCACAUGGGCAUCGCUCCAGAGAUGGCCAUGAUGGUUGACCCCAAGGAGGUGUCCUUUGAUGACCGUGCUAUGGCUGUGGAGGGCGACAGCAAUGGCGGCGCCGGUCAGAAUUUUCAACAAGAGAACGGAUACCAGUACAACAAUGUCCCAGCAGAGGCGGGUCGAGGUUCUCAGGACGCGCAACAGCAACCCAUGCCAGCGAUCGUUACUUCUCAGUCGUCUUCGUCCUUGGCCACGCCACCGACAUCGCAAAGGGAACAUGGAACUCAAAACUCGGCCUUCGAGUCGACAUACGAGAUGCCAUCAGCCGCUGUUGAAGAAGAUAUCCCCAGGCCGCCUGCAGAGCAGCAGCAGUCUGUGCGUAAACGUCAAGAGUCGCACAAUGGAUCGACUCUGGAAACAUCGCCCACAGUUUCUCGGCGACCUCUACCUCAGCACGACCGCAUUCGUCCUACGACCAUUCACGGUGAGCCUAUGCCGCACGACAUGCCGACUCCUUUACCCAUUUACUAUGGUCAUCAUGACAUGUCACCAGGACGGAGUCCAUACCUUAUGGCGCCUCAUCAGGAGAGAAACCCUCAGACGUAUUACCCGUCGCACUUCCAGCAGUCCUCAACUUCACCGAUCCCAGAUCCUCAUCCUUUGCCUCAGUUUCAUCAACCUCCUCAUUCCCCUCCUCAGCCACCUAUGCCUACGUUUGGUCAAGGUUACGCCCACGCUUUUGAGCAUUCGUUGCCGCCCUUCCAACCGCGGUCGCGACGACAGAGUAUCAAAACUCCUCCAAACUCGCCUCCACCAGUCAUCCCAACUCGACGUGACUCGUUGGGUAUGAGUCAACCGUUCCAGUUCCCGCCAAUCCAACCUACUCAAUUCCAGCAGAGCGGCAACUUAAUCAACAACACCACCCCUCAACCCUCGCCAUUGGGCCAAUCCUUACAGUCAGUGGCUUCACCCAACAGCAGUAGCAGCUAUGGAGGUGGUAUUAGUAGUCAGAGGAACGGCACUCAUGUCAAGACUCAUCGUAAGGGACCUUCGUCAGGACGGUUCUUGGGCUUUUUGGGUGGUUUGUCCAAGAAGAAUGGCGAGCACCACAGUCAUGGCAGCCAGACGCCUACUUCGCCGAGGGCUGGAUCUGUGUACGAACCCAAUCUUGCGGACAUUGAUUCGUCAUACUCGCCGCCUCAGCACUCAACCUACCGACGGAACGUUCAGCCUGACCAAGACUUGCAGAUUUUGCCUUCGACUCCUCUACCUGAGAAGCGCGCGACUCCUUCUACACCUACUUCGCAGCACUACCCGCAGAUGGAGGGUCAAACACAGCAGCAGCCACCACCACAACAGCAACAACAACAUUAUGGCGGCGUUGUGACAGCAGCGUAUGAUACCCAAACGUCGAACCAGACUCAGAGGGGCAAGCGCAGGAAGACACUCAGUCUUGUCGCCGGAUCGGGAGAACGACCACCCCACCACCAACAACAACAAAUGCAGCUUCAGAGUCUGCAUCACCCGAUUUCGUCCCGUCCUCCUCUGCCUUCUGCAGGAAACAGCGAUGGAUCAUCGUCGGUUGUUGGUGGGUCGUUUGGUUCGAAUGGAGUUACGAGUGGUGCCAACGGUAGUGGCACUGGUGCACAUCAGGCUCAUGCUCAUAGUUCUUCGUCGGGCCCUGCACAGAGGAUCAUGGGAUGGUUGCGACGCAAGUCCAUCGUCAAAUCUGGGGCAGAGGUACCGCACUUUGACCCAGCAGAAUUUGUGCGGACGAAUGGCACGACACCUUCGCCCGGACCUUUCUCUGGAUCGAAUGGUGAUACUCUAACCAAGGGCCAUGUCUCGCCUACCGUUGGACAUGCAGUGAAUGGCGGUGGCUCUAUCUUAGCAACUGAGGAGUAUGAGUCUGGCCCUGGAGGAGAAGCGGGUGGCAGCGUCAAUGGCAUGAUGGUUUCUCCAUGUGGUGCGCAGGGUGUCCACACUGGAACGGCCACCUCAGUCAACAUUCAUGGCAAUGGAUCACAAGAUGUCAACAACAGCAGCCUAAUGCAGCAGGUAUUACAGCAGAGUGAGAUUCAGCAGCCUACACUGGAAGCAUUAAUCCGGGCGUUACCUCCAAACUGGACAGACGCGAAACUCAAGGUACAUUCUGGAGCAGUCGAGCUUUCGUCCUUGUCUUCGCGACACCCGGCCGAGAUUAUGUUCGACAUCAAAAUGGUUGUUCUGAGGUUGGGGAUUGAGAUCCGGUCGGAUUCGGAUUUCAAGAUCAAGUGUGUCCGGCGGAAACGGAAAUCUUCAAGCACUUCUGCGGCGUCCGGAUCAAAUGGUGCUGUCGCUGGUGCUGGGUCGACGAAUGGCGGUGGUAUGACUAGCCUGUCGGUCAAGAGUCUGUUGCAGGGGCAUGGACUUCACUACCAUCACCAUAACAACAAUACCAACAAAUGCGGGCCCGACGAUACCGCGAGUGUGAUGUCGAGUAACUUGUCGAUUGAUCGUGAAGCUUGGGUGUCGGCUCGGAGUGUUCUUGGCGGCGCAGGAGGAGUCGGAUCGAUGCAAGGACCUGGGUCUGCGAUUGGUGCAGGGACAUCCGUCAGUGGGCAGAAGAAGAAGAACGGGAUCAGGACCAUCUUGUGGAGGAACAGUACUUCUGCGAGCCUGGCUUCCGUCUCGUCUCCUACUCCCGGACCUACAUCUAUUACCAGCGGAAACGGUAAUACGUCAAUGGGAGGCGGCACUGCGAUGGUCGCUCAAGGAUCUGGAUCUGGAUCGUCGACGCGUCAGUUGUCGCAGGUCAUGAAUGGGUCUAGUCUGGGACAGGUCUCUCCUUCUCAGCCUCAACCUCACUUUGUUGGAGGAGGAAGUGGUUCGGGCUCUGUCAGUACUACUGCUGCUGGUCAUGGCGUUGGACAGGGGGUUGUGGACUCUGUUGCGACUGACCAUGACUCUGCUAUGCCCUCGUCUGCGGCAAGUGUUCCUGAUGGAGAUGACGCGCGGUGGUUGCGUCCUGGAUCUGUGGUUGGAAUCAGUAAUUCGACCAGUGCGACGACCAUCGAGGCUGCUACGAUCUCUCAAUCGACCACCGUCUUGCCUCCACUCCAGCAACUCCAGCAACAACAGGCCAUGCUCUCAGCAACAACAUCCACUUCGGCCGAUGGUGUGGCACCUUCUGGAGACAACAUCACAACUGCUGCUGCCACUAACGUUGCAACGACAGUAGAACCACUGUACGGCGAGGAGGCAAUCGAUUCUGGAGAAGAGAUCCGGUUCUCGAUCGAGCUGUGCCGGAUGAAGAACCUCCGCGGCCUCUAUUCGGUCGAUAUCCGGAGAGUCAAGGGUAACCGGUGGGCAUACAAGUUCUUGUACCAUGCGAUCUUGAAUACUUUGGAUCUGCAGGGCAAGGGAGGGUAUUUGGCAGGUGGACUGAUUCCUGCUCAGUUGGCGGGUCUUGGUGGAGGUGGUGGCGGUGGCGCAUACGGAUUCUUUGAAUAG